UGGGAAUUGGAAGGAUAGUUCUAUCCUUUAAUGAAUGUCUUGUUCCUUUGAAGCUGUUGGGUCAAACUCUAAUAAAAAGCUUGUUGGUGGCAGUGAGACGCUAGUCCUAUGUAAGACUAGCCCUGUAUAUGACGUAGGAGAGUGAAUGGUACCUGCAGGUUUCAUAUGGCGACGCGACAAGCUUUAAUUAACCAUCGAAUCGAGAGGAAAACUGGGCAGAGCAACAAUACAGGCACAGAGGUAACCAACAAAAAACAAGAACUAACGGCGUCAGCCACUGUCCCACCGUAAAAAGGCACCGUGGUGCUUGCGCGCAUCAGUUUCUCUUCCUCUGUCGCCUCUUCUUCCUCCGCAAUUCGUGCCUGGUUCCAACCUCUUACCGUACAUUCAACCAUGGCGUCUUUGCGAACGCUGUCCACAAAGCUUGCGCUGGUAUCGAGCGUGAUCGUAUCCGUCAAUGCUGUCGCGAUUCCCGAGCCUACCGCUGUGCCGGAUAGUGUCGAGGUUCGAGCACCUGUUGUCACUCCAGCCGCCAUCCGCUUCGACGGAAGCCAUUCUUACAUGUACGACCGGAGGAACAUCAUCUCCGACAUUGCCUCCGGAGCUGAUAACUUUCUACAUUCCUUGGGAAGUGUAAUUGGACAGGAUCUGCCUUCCUAUGUCAUAUCAGGCGUUCCAAACUUCUUCCAAAAUUUCCCCACAGGUGAUCAAGUGAAAAGCUCUCUCGGCAUCAAGGAUGAAGAUCUCGAUGCGGCACCGACCGAAGUACUGAACAUACCUCCCUAUGCCAAUUGGACCGGCGAUGCGUGGAACGUUCGGUUUCACGGCAACGUAUACAAGACACCCAACAUCUCUCAAGAGAAGGUAGACGACCUGGCCAACGUCUUCCUAAUUGAUACGGACAUUAAGGAUCUCCCACCGAAUGAGCAAGCGCAAGCCCGGAAUUUGACAAAGUCAAUCUUCAUCGUACAGCAAGGCGAUCAAAAUGUAUCGUUCCAUCUGGAACCCGCGCCGUCCCAGGGUUCCUCUGGUGAACCAGGUGGCGGAGGAGCUAUCACGCCCCCAGGCGGUUCUCAAAACAUCACGUUUCCCUAUGAGACGACUGACCUAGGCGACUUCGACGCGUUCGUCAAGAUCCAGAAUGUGUCUGGCGGCGGUCUGCUGAGCCCCGACCAAACGGACAGCGUCCAGCGGUUGAAUGUGUAUACCAAUGGCACGCUCACCGGCAAUGCGACGGCAUUCCUUGUUCCUCCCGAGGGCAUCACCUUCAUCUCCGAUAUCGAUGACAUUCUUCGCGUUACAAAGAUCUACCAGCCAAAGGAGGGAUUGCUCAACUCCUUUGCAAGGCCGUUCACACAAUGGAUGAACAUGCCGGAUAUAUACGCCAAUUGGUCGAAGACACUUCCGAACAGCACCCAUUUCCAUUACCUGACGACUACACCCGAACAGGCUACACGGCUAUAUAUGGAUUUCAUCUACAAGACCUAUCCCGGUGGUUCCUUCGAUACUCGGCCCCUCAACUUCUCCGAUGUGUCAGCUACGCUGUCGAUUCGUCAGUACCUUCUCACCAAGAUAUUCGAAACAUUCCCGAAGCGAAAGUUCGUCCUUAUUGCCGAUACUUCCAACUCGGAUAUCAUGAAGGAUUACCCCACACUCGCCCAUGACUUCCCGGAACAGGUCCAAUGCAUUUUCCUGCGCAACACCUCGGCCACGGACGAGGAGGACAAGUUCCCGUACGAUACCAGUAAAUUCGAGGGAUUGAACAACAAGAGUUACAUGUUCUUCAAGGUGCCCGAUGAUCUGAGUGGAUUGGAUAUCGCAAACGGGCAGUGUCUGAACGAGUCCAUUCCACAAAACGUCACUUUCGGCAUCCAGGACGAGGUCCUGGGCAUCCAUGGCGCUGGAGGAAAGUUGGAGGGCAGUGCCACAGUCAGCUUUGUCGUUGCGCUAGCCGUCGCAGUCUUCUUCACCCUAUGAUCGCAGGGUAAUCGAUUGAUAUAUUAAUGGCAAUAGAUAUAUACUCUUCUUCCAUUCUCAAGAACACGCUUUUCCUCCUACUUCUCUGUUUUCUUUUUUGCAUGUUAUAGGUUCUCUGUUAGCAUGGAUGACGAUUGUAAAUGAGUCACGGUAUGGCGUUUAUAGCACUGGUUACAUACGUUGAUGGUGUAUGGAAGGUGUAAAUAUUUGAUUUCAUGGUUCAUACCCUCAGGGUUAAUAAAUAUCGUUUACAUCC